AUGGCAUACCAGCCUCCUCCAGGCACCAGCUCGCUCCCGCCUCGACCCCCGGCCAGUGCUGGCAAUGGCAGUACCGGUCGAUCGGGCUUCAAACCUGCCUUCUCGGCCUUCUCGAAAGCCCCCGGGCAGUCCUACUCGAGCGGAACCUCCUACAACGCCGGCGGCCCCCCUGGCUACUCCGGCGCCUCCACCACCCCCCAUUAUGGCCAGUCCACGUAUCAAAGCCAUCCGGCUGCUGCGAACCCCAACCUGAGCUCGGGAGGGCGAGGAUAUGGAUACCAAGCCGCAUCAGCGCAACACCAGCAACACCAACACCAACACCAACACCAACACCAACACCACCACCACCACCAGCACGGCUACGGGCCUCAAGGCUACACCCAAGCCCCCGCAGCGCCGUACGUCUCCGCACCGCAAAUCAGAAACCCUUUCCCUAGCCCUGGCCAACAGGCCGCCACCGCGGCCGCCGCCGCCGCUGCGAACCCAAACGAUUAUGAUCCCGACAUGGCGGCUCAAAUAGCGCAGUGGCAAAGCGCAUACUCGAGAGACCCCGCUGCCCCGACGUUCGACAGGUACGGCAAACCCAUUCCUGCCGACGUGCCGCCGAGACCAGAGCUACCGCCCACCGCCGUGCCGGACAACCCGGACAAGAAAAAGACAGUCGUCCGUCAGGGCGGCGGGAAAAAGUGGACGGAUGACAGCCUCCUCGAAUGGGAUCCCGCUCACUUGCGUCUCUUUGUGGGCAACCUCGCCGGCGAAACAACCGACGACUCCCUCCUCAAAGCCUUUGCGCCCUGGAAGUCCGUUCAGAAAGCAAAGGUCGUCCGCGACAAGAGGACAAACAAGUCCAAGGGCUACGGCUUUGUCAGCUUCAGCGAUGCAGAUGAUUUCUUCAACGCCGCCAAGACAAUGAAUGGCCAGUACAUCCAGAGCCAUCCAGUCAUUGUCAAAAAGGCAAACACCGAAAUCAAAGCCGUCACGGCCAAGGAUAAGAAGCGAGGAAGGCAGAAUCACAAGAAAUCGGGCAACAAGCAAGGGAGCGACGGCUCAUUUGGCCCAUCUGCCGGUGGUUACGAGCCAAGUCUUGGCCCAGUCGCUCCCACAGGCGUCGUAAAACCGGGACAAAAGACCAAAAAUGGCCUGCGAUUAUUGGGUUGA